AUGCCCAGACAACCUCCAAGAAACCAAGGGUUAUUACAUUCUACUAAUAGUCGUAGACCCCCUCUAUUGUCCUCACUAUCUUCCACCAAUCCACAUCAUCAUCAACGUGCUGCUAUCAAAACUCAACAAAAUGCUAUGGACGAUAAUGAAAAUAUUACGCAUAAGAGUGCGUCGACUACCAACUUGCAAAUGUUGGGUAGAUCAGAACUAUCUCGUGGUGUCACGAAGGAAACCACAUUAGUGAACAUUGAACCUCCAUACUAUUUUGAUUAUAAUCCCAAUGAAAAUAAUCAAUCAAGUACAGAAACCUCUAGAAAUUUAAAGAACGGCACCCAUGGAAGCACCGACAAUUUAUUAGUGGAUGUAUUGCCGUCUUUUGAUAUGUACAACGUCUUACAUAGACAUAUCCCUCAGGGGAAUGUUAAUCCAGAUAUACAUGAUUUUCCACCAACUUAUCAGGAAGUACAGACGCAUCGUGAUCCAGUAUUGUCUCAUGAUAUAGCAGAUGUUGGCGCGGCUACCACGGCGACGACGACGCCCAAUACUACAUCUCUAGAUCAUCGAGUGGAGAUACUACAGGAUUCAACUCAGGCAGCACCUACUCUUUCUUCUACGAUGGUUAACUUGAACAACUUACACCCUUUGAACACACGACACUAUAACAUAUCGAAUGGCGCAGAUCUUAAUAGUUCACAAUCAAGAGCUUCUUUAACCAUGCAUGACUUGAAUAUGCAAAUAGAAGAUGAUUUGAAUGAUUCAGACAGUAUCAUUAUAGAUAGACUGUACACUUUACCCAAAUUGGCUACACCCGUAGAUGUUGAAAUCAGAGUCACCAAGGAUGUCUCAAAGCCCCAUGCUAAGAAUGAAGAGGAAUCGAUUUUAAAAGAGUACACUUCCGGCGAUAUCAUUCAUGGUUAUUGCACUAUCGAAAAUAGAUCUUCAAAACGGUUGAAAUUUGAAAUGUUUUACGUCACAUUGGAAGCUUAUAUUUCCAUUAUUGAUCGCAAAAAGGGUAAACGAGUAGUUAAACGAUUCUUGAGAAUGGUGGACUUGAGUGCAAGCUGGUCAUAUACAACUAUUGAUUUAGGUUCAGGUAUUAAUGUGCUUCCUGGUCAAUUAGAUAGAUAUGAUAAUACCAUUAUCGGCCUCGAAAAUAAUAGAAUUUUGGAACCUAAUACUAAAUAUAAAAAAUUCUUUAUGUUCAAAUUGCCUAAUCAAUUAUUAGACGUUACCUGUAAGCAUGAACAGUAUGCUCACUGUUUAUUACCUCCAAGUUUUGGUAUCGAUAGUUAUAAAAAUGGAGGAAAAUAUUCUCAAAUUAAGGUAAAUAGUGUACUUGGGUGUGGUCAUUUGGGUGUUAAAGGUUCUCCCAUUUUAACCUCAGAUCUUUGUGAUGAAGAUGUUUCCAUUAAUUAUACGAUUGACGCAAGGAUUGUUGGGAAGGAUAAGAAAUCUCAGAAAUUGAAUAUCAUGAAAGAAAAGGAAUAUAAUUUAAGAGUGAUACCAUUUGGCUUCACAUCUACAAUGACUAACCGAAAUGUUUACUCUAAACAAUUAAAAGAUUUGCAAUUAUUGAUUCAAGAAAGAAUUAAUGCCUUAGAAGCUGUAUUUGCUAAGCUGAAGAAUAAUGAACCAAUAACAACUUCAGAUUUACAUUCCACAGACUUAAGUGGGACAAUCGAUAGUAAUACUGAUCUUGAUUCAGAGGAAAUUUUAAGAAGAAAAUUGGAUCAACUACACAUUAAUAACAGACUUGAUGAUAAUUGUAAUUUGUUUAACAAUUUCAAGAGUAUGUCUCCGAAAGAAAAUACAGUAGAAUCUGAACUAAGGUAUAAAGCUAAAGUUAAACAUAAAUCAACACCAACUUUAAACAGUGGGUUCUUCUCAGGAUUUUUGGGUGGUAGUGGGUCUUCAUCCACUUCUGUGACUUCAGGCCUUGAAGAACGCACCUCUUCCUCAACAACUCUUAAUACAGAUCAUUCGUCUUCUAAAAUUCAAAACAGUAAUCACAGCUCAUCAUUGCAGGCUCCGAAGUAUGCUUUAAGUGAAUCUCAUUCCUCAACCAAGUCUGGAAUAAUUGUCUUAACUACGAAGAUUCCACAGAAAUCAGUACUUUACCAUUCUCCUUCGUUACUAAGGAAGACCAAUCGAUUCGAAAAUAAAAAUCAUCAUGAUCAAGAAAAUUGGUUAAGGUUAUCCAAAUGGGUUCCUGAAAAUGAAAGUGAACCUUUAACCAAAUUAGAUAUUCAAUUGACUUGUAUUCAAUCUAACAAUAGUUUGCCUCAUAACCCACCUCAGAUACAUUCUGUUACUACUGAAUUGAUAUGUAUAAAUGCCAAAUCUGACAGUUCUAUUCCAAUCAAGUUACAUUCAGAGUUACUUAUGGACACAGAAAAAAUGAUGGAAGUUAAGGAAACAUUCAAAAAGUUUUAUAAAUUGAUGUUGGAGUAUAAGAAGAAAUUCAAAGAAAAUUCUGAGAAAUUGAACGAGUUAUACAACGUGAACCGCACCAUUGCCACUAUGAGAGAAUUAAAAUUUACUGAUUUUAUAUCUGCUCAGAUGAGUAAUGACAUGGAGAGCAUGCAUAGUCUAGAGGUAGAAGUUACUAACUUGCAUGAUGUUUUCGUUAAACAACCUCCAAAACCUGAUGCAGAAGACAGUGGUUUCUUGAAGUUAAAACCCAAUAAUAAUGAACAAAAUACUGGAACUACUCAGUGGUUGAAAAAACAUUCAUCACAGUAUGAAAGAAAGCUUGUAGUUAACCUCGCUAUCAAUGAAAGAGACAUGAAGGAAACUCUAAUUCCAAAUUUUGAGAGUUGUUUAUGUUGUAGAUUUUAUUGUAUUAGGGUGAAUGUCAAGUUUGAAAAUCAUAUUGGAGUAGCGACUAUUGACGUUCCGGUUUCCAUAAAGAACCUGAGGGCAUAG